GUCCACUGCAUUAUACCUGUCGGGUCGGCCAUGAGCAAACCACUCGCAGAAGAACGAUAAAACCACCAAGGCCGCAACAACGGACAUGGCGAACAGGUGUGAAACGGUGCUGCCGCUUUCGGAAGACUACUUCUCAGUCAUCGGCUACAAGAAGUGGUGGUUCAUCGGAGUGGAUGCUGUACUGACUGUUGCUAUUCUGCUUUUACUUCUUGAUGACAUCGUCUUCGUCUGCCGCACCUACUCUCACGAAGACAUCAAGACCAAAUCCGUCUGGCUGAUGGCCGUGUACCCGGUGAUGGCUUUGUCGGCACUGCUGUCUGUCUGCAUCCCACGAGCUAGUUAUGUCUGUGACUUCGUCUCUACUGUUUACCUGGCAGCAUGCCUGUCACAGUUCAGCUCCCUCAUACUCCUGUACUUCGGAAAUCGCAAGAACCUGCUGACGAAGGUGAGGGACACAGGAUUCAGCCUCAGAACUCGCCCUCUGUGCUGCUGCUGUUGCUGCUGUCCCACGCUGAAGUCAACGCCGAAAAACUUGUUUCUGCUGAGAGUGAUGAUACUCCAAACAGCCAUCAUCCAGCCAAUCGUACAGUUCAUUUCAGCCGUGCUGUGGGCAGACAACAAGUUUGACAAAUCAGGGAUCGAUUUCCGGAAAUCGUUUGUCUACCUGACCACUGCCAAAGUGAUGUCCACCAUCAUUGCUUUGCAUGGCCUGAACGCCCUUCACUCUGCUACAGUGUUGCACCUGCGCUCUCACAGUAUGGCCGUCAAGAAGCUAAUGCUGCAGCUGGUUCUCAUCUUCCAGAACAUUCAGGGCGCCAUCUUGAACAUCCUGGCACGUUUCGACAUCCCCUCCUGCACCUCCGAGUUCUCGUCCUAUUCCCAGAUGCAAGAGUGGCACCACCUAGCGCUCGUGGUGGAGAUGUUUCUGCUGGCCUUGGUGGCCCGCAUCUUCUACCGCCGGCCGCUGCAGCUGGACGCGGGUCUGGAGGAGCAGUCCGCAGACGUGGUGUCCAUCUACGUCACGAGGAACGAGCGGGCCGUCCAGCCACUUCCGGUCUCUAGCGCCCGCCCCAGCCUCGGUCUCGACUUCAACCAUGAGGGCGGCAGUCCGACCCCCGUGCCAGCAGGUGGUGACGUCACCCUGGACCAAGAUGGUCUGGAGAGAAGACACGACAGCGAUGGGACCGAAUUCCAUCGAGGUGAAGCAGAAUCUCAGGACACUAAGAGCAGUCUAGCCGCUGAUGUUGACUGUACUGACAACCUUCACACCAACAUUGCCAUCAGAUGGAAGUAGUGUCGGACCGUUCUGAUGACCAGCACUAAUAAUUUCAUUUUGUUUUGAAGUGUGCGUGCGCGUGCAUGUUCUGGGAGGUCGCAGCGCGUGGCUUGAAUUGGUGUAACAUUCAUCUACACUGUAGAUUGUCCUCCAUACUUGUUGGGUCCGUAAAGUGCCAUGAACACCUUCAGUCAGGUGGAGGAGUGUCCUCUGCCAGACGAGUAGUUCCUGUGGUGACUGAUGGAGUGCGUGCCGUACAGGAGUGGCUGGUGGGACGGAAUAAUGGGAAGUGGGUGGAUGGGUGUUUGGGUAGUUCACUUCGAAUCGAGAUUUAAUCACAUUUUAUUAUAUAUUUUGGUGAGAACCUAUGCAAAAGUUCGUCAUUUCAAUAUUUAGCAAUUCCUUGUAGAGCUCCACGUCUUGUUGGAAAUUCUUUUGUAAUCGGUUACACACACAAGAAUCGGCAAACAAUCUGCUUCCUGCUCGUUGGAUAUCCACCUCCCUCCCACCUUCGGCAAGGUAAAAUCAAUGACCACCAUGGCGACGGGUCUUAGGUGCAGAAAUUUGACAAAGAGCAAGCAAUAGAUCAAAGAGCGCAGCAGACGAUUCUCUCGUGAAACAAAUAUCGCAAAUUCUAUCAUCACAGUGUCUAAAGGAACAUCGAUUUUGUCUUCUGAUUGAUUUCCUAACAUGAACUCAGCAGCAGGACUUUCCCUGCCCGCUGCCUGCAUCACAGAAAAAACAUAAAGUUGCAUGUGAAUGAGAGGGAAGACACCUUUUCCUCCUUUUGCCAUGUUCAGAGUUGGAGGCUCGAGAACUUUCAUAUUCGCCAGUUAGCGGACGACCAUACAUUUGCAGGUACAUGCUGUUUAUUUACAAACCGAAUUUUGUAAGCACCUAAAGCGAAGUGGGAGGGAAAGCUGUGUGUAUUAAUUUCUUUCCAACUUGGACGUUUCCAAUGUUCACCUGUAUGUGUCUAUGUGUCUCUGUUACUAAGUUACCCACCAGUUGCAAGUGGAUCACGGAGCUUCAUGGUUUGUCGCAUACUGAGUUCAACUCACUAGAGGCAACCCUUUACUCGUGUCACCUCCACCCCAACCACGAACCCCACCGCCAUUCUGGAUCCACAACUGUUAACAUUUCUUUUUUUUUUUUGUCGAACGAUUUCAUUUGAAGGCCGAUCACCAAACGGGUCAUGCCCUUUGUUUGCUGCACUUGCGACAGUUUUCUAUUGAUGGUUUUGCCAGGACAGUUUGCUCUUUCUUCGACGCUCCAUCGAUUUUGCAGGGACUAGUUGGCUGCUUUGAUAGCACAGAUCACUAGGUGACAGUCGCAGCUUGUGGACUAUGGGCGCACCGUGUCCUUGGCAUUGUGCAUUGAUUUCACACACACACAGACAUUUGUCCUUGGAACAAACACAAGGCAUUAGUUUUCCUGUAAGAACUAAUCCGAAUACACUUAUUUUCAAAGGUUGAGUUCAUUACUAUAACUACUUUCCAAAAUCUGAACAAGUGUAUGCUCCAGAGCAUGUUUUAGUGGCUCCAAAUGAAAAAUAGUAAGCAGAACACUUUUUUUAAUUAUGCCGAGCAAAUUUGGACCUCGAGUCCUAGUAGAGCAGGACAGCAGAGGGGAGGAAGUGAGGAGAAAGAUUAUCUUUUCCUUCACCCGGAACCUGCCCCCUGUUGCUCACCUGGCCUGUUAGACAAGAGACCAACUUUAUUUUGCUGAUGCAACAUAUAAAUACGUUUGACUUAAACGUAAUGGUAAAUCAAACAUCGACAAUAAAAUCAGAGAUGGAAGAUUUAGCUGCAGAAAUCAACCCAGGUACCCUGGCUAGUGGCUGUAAAAUUUAAAGCUCAGUUUUUGUUCUGUUGCACAAAUGACUUUGAAGAAAACCUGCACAUGGCGCUUCACUUCUUUUAUGCUCAGUUCCAAAUAGCAAAAUUAGCAUAUUGCUUGUUUUAAUGUUAUCCAGCUCCUGAUUGCAAAUAUUAAAACUAUCUUCACAUUAUACAAUCAGCAGUCAUAAAAAUGGUUAAAAGUAGUGCUGGAACUAUUUCAGAUGCUUAAAUCCUUUAUUUCUAUUAGCAAUAGAGGUAGUGUCGGUUUCUUGCAUGUAUUUUGGUGAUGGUCCCUUCUCUCUGUUUACAUUGAGAGAAGAGUACUAACAACGUGAAUAAUUCUGACUUUCCUUAAAUAUUCCAAUGAACAUUCUUACACUUCUCAGUCUAGAAUAUGAAGUCCUAGUUCAUGCAGUGAAGCCAUUUCAAAACACAUGUAAACUCUUCUCCAUAGUUGAGUAUGUAGAAACUAUAUCGACACAUGGGGUGCUUGCAAGCUCAUCAUCUACCACCACCCCCACCAUUUCUGAUCUUGCAUAAUAAAUGUUCUCAAGUGAAAUGUGCUGCAUACUGGUUUAAAUGCCAAGCAUGAUACAUUUUAUGAGUUUUUUAAAUGACUGUACAGACCUUGUUUCGCUCCAGCAUAAACCAGACCCUCCUACCAAAUCAAAAACAAAAGCUUCACUAUUCCCCUACAAUAAACUCUAUUGAUUCUAUCCUCGAUUUUUUUAAUGGAUUCAGGCAAGCAGUGUAUGGACAAAAACUAGCUGCUUUGUUUUUUUGAACUGUCCCCCUACUUCCCACCAGCUCAGACAACCAACAUUUUAAAAAUAAAUACCAAGUUGGCAGCUAUUUAAGGUCCAUUGCAAAAAGUUUAUUAUAGGUAUGUACAAGUAAACAAAAAAAUGAAAUGUUGAUUUUUAAAUGUACUUUUUCCCCACUUUCUGUCAAACAUUUUAAUCUUUUCAAACCAAAUCCAACAUCAUCCACACAAUGUAAAAACAGGCAAGAACUAUCACUGCUUCGUGGUACAUGAUAUCUUACAUAAUACACAUCAUACACACCAAUAAAACUGCAUUUUAAAAUGAUGUCAAAGCUAUAUUCUUUCCUAUAACUUUCCUAAGAUAACCAGAUUGCCUUUCAAGAGUACUAAUGGAGGCGUUGGGGUGGAGAUGUGACUGGAAGGGAUAUAGCUUACUGAAUCUGUGUCAUGGAAAGUAAGGAUGUUGAGUCAGAAGGCACGACAGCUGCCACGGCCAUCAGAGAGAGGAAGAAGCUGGUACUCUGGCCACACAAGAAGCUGAACAAUGGAAUGCAGUGAAACUACAUGCACAGGUAUCACAGCGUGCAGCUCUACCUUACUACAAACACUUCUAAACUGAUUCAGAGGUACAGGAAGGCCAUGACUAAGGUUGGAAAGAUACAUCCUUGCCUAAUACCUCUACAAUUUUCUUCUACCUCAUUUUUUUCUUAUAUAAUCCAUGACUAAAUGUGAAGGCCUUGAGAAGCCAAAUCCCCAAAUAUUUUCUCAAGACCCAUCAACUAAGACUAGGACUAAUCAAAGAAAAUAUUGAACUUCAUACUUGUUAAUAACUUC